AUGCUGCAGAAGAGAAACGAUUUAUUCGCGAAUAAAGAGAUCGGAACGACCGGUCUACAAUUUUAUUAUCACUAUUUAAGGCACUCACCAAUUGAUUUGGAAAAGAAUUCAGUUUUCCGCCAACCCCAUCCCAAUACCUCAGUGCUGUUGUAUCGGGUUUAUCUCCGUAGCGUUCUCCUCCACCGGAAACAACGUACACAGCAAGGAGAAACAACUGACGAGGGGCUCUCCUUACCCAUCCCACGACCACUACCGUAUUCACAAACAAAUCCAAUCAAACCUUCCCGCGGUGUGAUGCAUCCGAUCAGGGAUCAAACUAAAAUACCAAAAAUAUUUUUUAAAAAGGGCGAUCAUCCUAGGGCCUCUCCGGUGAACUCGUCGUCGAGGAUGAACGAUGUGGAGAACCUCCUCGGAGCACUAAAGACGUAG